AUGACGACUUUGAAGCUUUACAAGCAUGUGCUCCUAUGGCUGUUGUGUUAUCUUGUUUCUUCAGGGAUUGAAGUUAAUGGACUCGAUUAUGAUUACAGUUUCAGUUCAGAGUGUUUGACGAAUCCCCUUGAACCUCAAUAUGGUGGCGGAAUUGUUCUAAACCCGGACAUAAGUGAAGGUUUAAACGGCUGGUCCAAGUUUGGAGAUGCAAAAUUAGAACUAAGGAUUUCAAAAGAUGGCAACAAGUUCAUUGCUGCUUCUGAUCGAAAUGCAUUGCACGACAGUCCAUCGCAGACCUUUUUCUUGAGAAAGGGAACUUUCUACGUUAUUUCCGCUUGGUUACGGAUUAGCGAGGGAAACUCUCCAAUAACAACAGCAUUCAAAACAUCUACCGGCAUUAAAAAUGCUGGCACAGUUUUUGCGCAAUCUGGCUGUUGGUCUAUGCUUAAGGGCGGUCUAGUUGUGAAUGCCUCUGGCCCUGCCCAACUCCAUUUUCGUAGUGAAAAUGCAACUGUUGAGCUGUGGGUGGAUAGCAUUUCAUUGCAACCAUUCAGUGAAGAUGAAUGGAAAGCUCACCAAGAUCAAACCAUUGAGAAGGUACGCAAGAGCAAGGUGAUAUUCCGGGCAGUGGAUCCUCAAGGUCGGCCAUUAGCCAAUGCAAGCAUAUCCAUACGACAGCUGAUAGGCAACUUUCCAUUUGGUUGCGCGAUUAACAAGAACAUCCUGCCAAAUCCAGCAUACAAAAGUUGGUUUACGUCGAGAUUUAGGUUAACAGUGUUUGAAAAUGAAAUGAAGUGGUACAGCACUGAAACGUCUCCUGGUAAAGAAGACUACUCAGUCGCUGAUACCCUGCUACGGUUUGCCACGAUGAACGGGGCUGUAGUCCGUGGCCACAACGUGUUGUGGGACGAUCCUCAGUAUAAUCCAUCAUGGGUUCAAGCCCUUUCCCCAGGUGAUCUAGAAGCAGCGGCCACUAAAAGAGUAAAUUCUAUAGUCACAAGAUACAAGGGACAGCUCAUUCACUGGGACGUGGUUAAUGAAAAUAUACACCACAAUUUCUUUGAGAGUAAGCUGGGGGAAACUGCAUCAUCUGUGUUUUAUGGACAGGCUAAUCAGAUUGAUGGAAAGGCAAUUCCCUUCUUAAAUGACUACAAUACAAUUGAGAAGAAAGAUGACCAAACAUCGAGUCCUCCAAAGUAUCUGGCAAAAAUUAAAGAACUUCGGUCACAGGGUUACCAGGGACCGCUAGGAAUUGGACUCGAGGGACACUUCGGUGCUCCAGACCUAGCUUAUGUAAGGACUUCAAUUGAUUUGCUUGCUUCCACAAAAUUACCUAUUUGGGUUACGGAAUUGGAUGUCUCUAGCCAGCCCAAUCAGGCCACGUACUUGGAUCAAAUAAUAAGGGAGGUUCGGGGACAUCCAGCCAUUCAAGGGCUGCUAAUCUGGGCUGCAUGGUCUCCUCAGGGAUGUUAUAGAAUGUGUUUGACGGACAAUAACUUCAGAAACCUUCCAACAGGGGACGUUGUUGACAGGAUCAUCAAGGAAUUGAAGCAUGAGGAUUUGAUAGGCACUACAGACGAUGAGGGCCAUUUUGAGACUUCACUUUAUCAUGGAGAUUAUGAAGCUAUAAUAAGUCAUCCAGCUAUGACGAGUUCAUCCUCCUCAGUGGGAAUGAAAUUUAAUGUGGCUCCAACAACAAACCAGGAAACCUUGGAUGUCAAGUUCUCCUCCAUCAGCUUUUCUUGAAUUAAGAAAUUCACACUGAACUAGUGACUUGUUCGCCAAGGUUAAAGCAAUACAGUUAUGUAGGGAGAAAUUUUGAACAAUAGUGGAUGAUUAUCUUCUAAUCUGUCGAAGAAUUCGCCGAACCUACAGUAUCAGGCUAAUUUUAUUAAUCAUCUGCAAAAGAAAGCCAUAAUAUCUUCAUCUGGUUAACAUUAAUAUUUCCUAUCAAUUAUGUAAUGCAUUGUUUGAGUGCUACAUGCAUGCAGGAAAAAGGAACGUGCUACGUCCUACGUCACGUUCAUGCAAAAGAAAGUCGAGAAACGAGUGGUUUAGUAGCCAUCAGAUUUCGGAAAUAUGUUUGAUUCUUAAAACUGUUACAGUGCCCACAGCGCGUCAGUAGUCCAACGGUUAGGAUAAUUGCCUUCCAAGCAAUAGAUCCGGGUUCGACUCCCGGCUGACGCAGCUCAUGUCACGAUAUCUUGCUUCAUGUACACGAAAGUGUUUUUUUCGAAGACGAGCUAAGACUGACUGCUCCAUGCACUGGAAAAUAUUAGAAAAUAUGUUUUUCAAUUAUAUCAUUACUCCAUGCACAUGAAAAUAUUUUUUGAAGACGAGCUAAGACUAGUAAUGCAUUACAUAGAAUAUCUUCUUCCUCGUCUUAUACUUCUACCGGCAAGAAAGCAUGAUACAGCAGCCGUGACGAGCUAAGGCAAGUAACGAAUUACAGGAUAUCUUCUUCUUCUUCUUCGUCUUCUACUUCUCCCGGCAAGAAAGCAUGAUACAGCAGCCGACAUCAGGGACAUGGCCACCCAACUAAAGUCAGCAAAAAUAGCUGCAAAACGCAUUUCUUGAAGUUGCCAUAUAGUUGAAAUGCAGAAACUCACCCCAUCAAGAAUCGCCGUCAAAUAACCCAUGAAUUUUAUUGAUUUACUGCCCACCCACAGUAAACUUGUGACUAUCUAACAUUAUUAAUUAAUUGGAUUGCAUUAGACUCACAGUAGAAUCAAUGGAUACAAGUAGUAGAAUCAGUGGAUACAAGUACUUGAACGAGGAAA